AUGGGGAAGAGAAGAAAUGCGAAUGAUGCUCCUCGAACAUACAACUUUUGGGAUUCCAAUCAUGAUGGCCCAUUUCUGCAGUGCUUGUUGGAGUUAACAGACAAGGGGCAGAUUGAAGAUGGCACUUGCAAGAAUGGUGUGUUCAAGGAAAUCGAGCGGAUGAUGGAAAAAUUGGCCACAGGUUGUGGGCUGAGGGCAAAGGGGUCUAUUAAAAAUAGGGUGAGAAAACUAAAACAUUGGUACCAUUCGACUGUUAUGAUGCGCCAACAAAGUGGAUUCGGUUGGGACGCGACGAAGUUCUAUGUAGAUGCGGAGGAAGAUGUUUGGAACCGUUUUUUUCAGUCACAUGCUGAUUGCAAACUGUAUAAGCAUGUCCCCUUCCUGCAAUUCUUUGACCUAGGUAAGGUCUUUGGCAAAGGGCGUGCAACUGGUGAAACUGGAUUUUCAGGGGCUGAUCCAUACAUAUCGGAAGGUGGAGAUAGCAAAUCGGAUGAUGACUCUCCUCCUUACCCACUUGACCAGAUGAACAGCCCGGCAGUGGAUGAAGCGAUGCUGAACAUCAUUGAUGAUGCAGUGGAAGCUCGCAUCAACAAGAAGCGGCCACCAACUUCUGAAGCAGGUCCAUCUCAUAAAAAGAAAAAGAAGAAGAAUAGUGCUGCAAAUGAGAGCAGUGUUGAGGUAGCUGAAGAACUGGGAGGACUGAGACCACUCAUCAAGGAGUCAGCUGACACCAUUGCUAGGGCUUUAGGAGAAAGUGCGGAGUACACUGUGAUGCGUAGAGAUCUGUUGAAGAACUUGGAAAAGAUAGGUGGACUGACUAGAUCACAGGUGAUCCUUGCAGUUAUGAAGUUAUCAGACUGUCCAGGACACUUGAAGGUCUUCUAUGACCUUGAGAAGGAAGAAGACAAGCUGACCCUUGUGCUCGAGCUCCUGAGCAAAUGA